CGCACCGCCCGCGGGGUUUGCGUAUAGGUCUCACCAACGAGCGCGUGUUCUCUUCUUCCACGAUCUCACAAGGCCACUCCAGAAAAGGCCUGCGUAGACUGAGGGCUGCUUGGUGACCACCAUGGAGCAAUGGCAACAGGAGGACUUGGGCACAAUGGCGGGCGCGUGGGUCCUGGACCUCUCUAGGUCGGACACCAUGCAACGCUACCUCGAGGUCAGCGGGAUGCCGGCUACGCACGCCUACACACACGUCUUGGCGGAGAGGAAGCACGGUGGCGCCCUGAACCUGAUUCACCUGGAUGAGACCACCCUCACCAUCCACAAGCGAACCUACCGCAACAACUACACCGAGACGUUUGCGCUCGGCGAGGAAAAGGUGACCAGCGUCACACCCAGCAGAGUGUCCAUCUCCACGACUGUUACCAACCUCGGGUCUAGCUCGGGGGGAUACGUCUGCCUGAUCCGGAAUAGGAGCACGCCCGAAUGCCAACACAACACCGAGGUCCUGGAGCGGCGCUACGUUGGGGACGGGGGUCUGUGCCACAUUCAGGAGAUCACGGCCCGAAACCUCACCACGGGGGAAGAGUGCGGGAUCGUCCGGACCUGGAGGCGCGUGAUGAUGACCCACGAGCAUCGGGCCACUCUCGGGCUGCUCCUGGUUGGGGGCGGAGUCGCCAAACAGGAAGAAGAAGAGAAGCAGCAGCAGCUCUAGAGUUGCUUGCAGCUGGAGCCUCCAUACGUCGACAUGGCCAGCCUUGACCACAGAGUGUUUUACGCGGACGGGGUGGUGGAAGAGCCCUCUGCGAUGGCCGGCUUGUCCUUUGCCUAUGCCGGCAGGAGGAGGAGGAGGAGGAGGAGGAGGAGGUCAGUUUGCGAAAUGUGUGGAAGGGAUGGAGUCGUGAUCGUGUCAGUACUGAAGGCGGGUUAGUCAUGGCCAAAAAACGAGAUAGUCUGUACCCCGUUGUAUGGACUGUUGACGAGAACACCCCAUCAACACGUUGUAUAUACACACCAUUUGCUGGACACGGUAGUGGUGAUGAUGUGGGGUUUUGGUUGGCGGUUCAACCCACCAAACGGAUGACGAGCGUUUUCAGUCCGCGCGUGCUUUUGAUGGGGACAGAUUUUCUUUUCUGUUUUUCUUGAGCUGUGUGUUGGGGAUGUUUUCUCCCAAGAUGAAGAUGAACGGGCCACGUGAUCGUCGUAGUAUGUGUCGUGACGUGAAAGGUGACUGAUAGAGGACAUGCGUGAUAGCGCCAAACGUAAAAUAGAAGUAUGGUUUUGUACUGAGGUCGCGGGUGUUCCCUGUGCGCCUCCGCCGGUCACAUGAAGGCCAGAUCGUCGAUGACGCUCGACGAAUGUUUGUGUCGUACUUCUACUACAAGUAGUUCGCGGACUAUUUCUCAAAUAUUUCGCAUUGUGAGCGUAGCCUUUCUUCGCAAAUUGCGUGUCGAUGUAUGAUCUGUUGUCUAUGGUGAGCACAUGAAUCAAUUGCCUCGGCACCGUAGCUGGGUUGUGGGUUGGCCCCGCCAACACAGUCCCCGGCUUGGAUGGCGUUACUUGAAGGGCGAGAUGGGAAGGGGGGUGGUAUCACAAGCAACAUGUGUUGAUCAGGUUAGCAGCAGAGAAGGACGUGGACUUGGAUGUUACUCCACGGAGUAACAACCCAGGUGCUGCGAACAUUGAGUUGGUGCCAUGCAGCCUAGACUAUUGAUGCAUACGCGCGUUUCUCUAGAACGAGUUCGGAAGGGGCGCAAGACUAGACUACUGUACCUUUUUACCCUUAGAGAAAGAGUAAUAUUUCUCGCCGUGAACCCUCACUUAGUUAUUAGAUUGCCGUGUGUCCGCGGCUGCUCCCCCGACUGCUUAUUCUUUACAUGUUUGGUUUGCUGUUCGUUCUGUUUUGAUUUUUUAGCGUCUCGGUACUACACGGUGAUGGCGUUCAACAGCAGUAGUAGUAAAACGGAUAGAUCGAAGAGUUGAAUUCGAUGACGCAAGUCACUUGAUCUGAGAGAUUUCGAUGACACAAAUCACUUGACCUAAGAGUUGAAUUUCGGACAAGAUUUCUUCAUUUCUUUUUUCGGGAAUAGCGCUGACUGCAACCAAGUAGCAAUUGUAGCACCCUGGACUUGCACCCGAUGGGCAAAAUAAAAAAAGUAUUCGUGUGAAAAUAUUGUUCGGUGAAGAGGGGGGGGGGUGUACUCA